UCAGGCGGAAACGACGACGCUUCUCCCCGGGGCUGGCACGAGAGAAAUGAGAAAGCUGCGAUUCCUUUCUUCCCCGAUGAUGCAGAGGUUUUAAAUCGGCGGAUUCCAAGUCCUCGAUCAGAAGCUUUCGAUCCUCUUCGAUUCGGAGCCAUUCCACCCCGCGAUCUCCCGUCGCUCUCCGCAGCCGCGGUCGACUCGAUGACGCUAAUGAAGUAGCGGGGAGCCGAAAACCCUAAUCGCUUCUCGCUCUUCCGAGAUCCCUUUUCGCGGGCUGUCGGCAGAUGGCGGAUCAUGAGGACGAGGACCUGAAGAUGGCGCUGCGCCUGAGCAUGCAGCACUCGCCGCCGGAGCCCAAGCGGAGCAAGCCGAGGGACGCCGCCGGAGCCUCGUCGCCGGAAGACAGCCGCCGGCUGCAGAGGGAGCUCAUGGCCGCGGCGGCCGAGAAGAGGUUGCUGGCUGCGAGGAGCGCCGGAGCGUCGUCGCCUACUCCGUCGCCGUCGCCGUCGCCAGUGUCGACGCCGAAUAAUGAGAAGCCUAAGCCUCUAUCGAGAAGAGAGGGCCAAUUCGGAGUGGAAGAUGGCCGAACUGGGAGAGAACUGUCGAGUGAAGAAGCAUAUCAGUUGUUCUCGAUGGUUUUUGGGGGCGACGUUUCGAAAGGAAUUCUCGCUCAGUGGAGUAAUCAAGGAAUAAGGUUUAGCCCUGAUCCAGAAACAUCCAUGGGCUUAGUGCAGCAUGAAGGAGGGCCCUGCGGUGUCUUAGCAGCUGUACAAGCUUUUGUUCUCAAGUGUCUUCUUUUCUUUCCGGACGAUUUGCGUAAAGGGGCAUCAACUAUUUCGCCAAUCCUCGGUCCAAAAGCAUCACCUCGAAGACAAUUUCAAGGUUCAGAUAAUUUUUCCUCCCUUUCAGACAGUGAAAAAUUGAGGGCACUGAUAAGAAGUAUGAGUGAGAUUUUAUUUCACUGUGGAAGUAAUAAAAGGGCUGUUAUCGCCACUUUAAGUGUUACUGGUAAAGAACUUGAGGUGCCUGCAGAUGGCUCAAAGGAUGAGGGUACUAUCAAAGCUCUGGAGGGACUUCCGAUAGAAUCAGCUUCUGAUUUGCAGAAAAUUCUAAGAGUUGAGACUUAUAGUGUGCAAGCUACUGUUUUCCGAAGGCUUGAAGCAACACUUCCCUUUUUUCAAAGUCGAAUGGGAGCACUGCUAUUUCUUAUCUCCGCAUUACUUUCUCGGGGACUGGAUGCCGUUCAAGCUGACAGAGAUGAUCCCAGUCUUCCUCUGGUAACUGCACCAUUUGGUCAUGCAUCGCAGGUAACUAUCAUUGCGUCAAGAAUUUAUUGUUCCAUUUGGUGGUUCAACAGUUACAAUGCUUCUGACAAAUGCCUUGUGUCUUAUUUACUGUGCAAACUUAUGAUUGUUUUUUGGCAGGAAAUUGUAAACUUGCUACUUUGCGGGCAGGCUGUGCCCAAUGUUUUCGAUGGAAGGAUGGAUCUAGGUGGCGGUAUGUUUCUAAAGGGUGUAUCAACAUGCGUGGAAGUUGGGUUUCUGACUCUGUUAGAAUCGCUUAACUUUUGCAAGGUUGGUCAGCAUUUGAAGUGCCCUAACUGGCCUAUAUGGGUUGUGGGAAGUGAGUCCCACUACACAGUCCUAUUUGCUCUUGAUACCAUUGUUCAGGAAGAGAAUGAACUAGAAGAAAGGGAAUCGCAGAUUCGGAGGGCUUUUGAUGCACAAGAUCAGAGUGGAGGAGGUGGUUUUAUUGGUGUGGAAGGAUUCCAUCAAGUAUUAAGGGAAACUGACGUCAGGCUUCCUCCUGAAAAAGUUGAUCAGCUUUGCAGCUCGGGCUUUAUCGUGUGGAGUGAAUUUUGGCAGGCCAUUUUAGAUCUAGACAGCAGUAUGGGAGGUCUAAAGGACUCUUCAGGAUUGAUGGGCAAAAAGGUGUUUGAUCUUUACCAUUUCAAUGGAAUUGCAAAAUCGGAUUUGAAUGGCCAAGCGAACUCGGGAAGUGAGGCUCCUGUUCAAAGGCCUAGACUUACUAAAUUGAGAGUUUCUGUCCCACCACGAUGGACCCCUGAAGAAUUCAUGGCGGCAGCGCCUUCUGGUUCAGGUGGGGAUCAGUCGAGCUCGAGGGAUGCUGAAGUGGCUAAACCCGAGCCUCCUCAGCAUGCACCCCUUGUGGACUGCAUACGCACUCGGUGGCCUCGUGCUGUUUGCAACUGGGUUGGGGAUCCUCCAAGUAUCGUGUGAAGGCCAAUUGAGCAUUCAAUUUGGCUUGACAUGGCUCGUGCGAUUCAUAGGAACUAAAAAGCGGUGGACGCCAUCCGCAAUGCGUGUAAGAUUGUGCCAACAUGUUGAUUGACAAGAGGAGGGAAAUCGUUUGGGCUUGUUAAAUCGGGACAUUUAAUACUUUCUUUUUGGUCUCAAGUAUAUCCAUUGCCUUCCUUUACUGUGUGUACUGAUGUAUCUAUCUCAUCCUAAUUGUUUCUUGUCAGCAAUUGAAGGGAAAGGCGGGACAUAUUGAAUUUUUAUGGGUCAAAUCACAAUGUACCAUUAAUUUA